GAGAGACAGACAGAGAGGAGAAAGAGGGGGUUGGCUCUAGUGUGAUGUGAAUGGAAUAGAAUCAGCGCGAGAGGGAGAAAGAGGGAGGAGGACGGCACAAAUCAACCUGUCUCUUGACUUCAACAACAGAAUAGAGGAGCCGGUAGACAGAGAUCGGGAAGUGUGCGUGUUGUUUUAUUUUUAUUUUUGGAGAGAGGAAGAGAACGGCAGACAGGAGGAACUGAAGGAGGAGGAGAAAGAGCCUCACCGUGGAGAUAGAUAGCAGAAAAAUGCUGUCAUGGGGAGAGAAGGGGAGGGAGUCGCUAGAGAGGAACAGGAUGAAACAAGGCAGGGUCGAGCAGAGCUGAAAUGUGGAGGGCCAAACAGAGAUCGCGCCGAGAAACGGACUGACUGAGAUGUGACCUUAGAGGGGUGGCCAGUGGACCAGACCAAAAGGAAGCAGCAGGCACUGAAGAGUGCAGAUGAAUGGAUGCCAUGUUAGAAGGGUUAAUAGAGAUAGAGCCUCUCCUACACAGAGGACUCUUGCUCCAGUGAUGAUCCUCUCAUCCUUACUCCGCAGAAAGGAGCCCCCCCAAAACUGGAGCACCACCAAAACACACAUCUGCACACCUGGACGAACGCCUGCAACGGGACACAGCUGCAUAUUCUCUUCAAUCCUCUUCAUUUACACUCAAGAACUUGUUGGGUUGUGAUAACAAAGUGUGGCACCUCACAGAGACAUAUAGUAGAGCCCAAGGGUUGAGAAAGUUCACCUCUCUUAAGUGGGUUUUUCAUCUUAACAGUGCUCCCAUUUUACACCAGCACAAUAGAGACCAGGACAGAAAUUUUACUGAAAGAGCAGAAAAGUUCUGGACAAGAGCGGGGAAACGAUUGUUAGACUGGAGUAGGCUUCUAAGGCAGCAUGCAGUCAGAUGACCUCUUUGUCCGCAAGUUUCGCCGUCAGAACAUGCGGCCAACUAUUGCCACUGUCAACUUUGACCCCAAACGAGAAGCAAGUGUAGUGGAGUGGCCGCCAAGGAGGGAGGCUGAUGGAGCUGAUGGAGACAGCCUCACUCCAAGCCGUGUGGGACUGACGCUGAGGUCGGUGGGCCGGGGCCACAUCAUGCAGAGAAGUAACAGCGAUGUAACCUUAGGAGACUUGGAUUCCUCCGGGAAGGCAGGAGGGAAAGCAGCUCGGGGGGUUGGUGAGAAGGUGGGUGCGGGUGCUCAGGGGGAUGGUGGUGUGCUGCUACAUAGGGAAUACGGCAGCCUGUCCUCACUGGAGAGACAGACUCAAGCCCAGGAGCUGAACACAGACGACCAGGGGCCCCUGAGUCCAAAUGCCCUUCGUUUCAAAGACCCUUUCCUGCUUUUGGGACUGCAGGGCAACCCUCCAGAACCUGAUGGAUUCUUUCGGGGUCUAUCUGUUUCCACAGGGGACUCCCCAAAACCUGCCAAGCCGCCAAAGCCUGAAGGUCUGAGUAAGAAGACCAAACCCCCUCAGAUCCCUCAACCAGGUCCGUAUGACAACAUUGGGGGCGGAGCCUGGGUGAGGAACUUUGCCCACUACGAUGUUCAGAGCAUCCUGUUUGACCUCACCGAGGCAGCCACAAACAGAGACAGCAUUGGACGGAAAAAGAAUAUCACCUCAGGGGCUUCAGCUGCCUCCCAGCUGCGCCCCCUUUCUCAAGCCACCCCGUCCUCACCUGCGCAGGGCGGGGGAGGCAACGGGCUGAAUGCAGAUGACCCUGAGCAGUCGCUUCUGGACGAAGGGGAUGGCAAUGAUAACGAGCUCCUGCUCAGCUGCCCCCACUUCCGAAAUGAGACAGGGGGAGAAGAGCAGGUGGGUCUGGGUCAAUCCCAGGGGAGGCAAGGACUCUGGUCGAGCCUGCGAACCCCCAACGAUGCAGUGUCGGUCCUGGAAGAGCCCAGAGAGAGUCACGUCCAACAGCAGGGCAAGAGCAACUACUUUAUAGAGCAUGCAGAUCUAGGAGCCCAUUACUACCGCAAAUAUUUCUACAUGAAAGAACACCAGAAUUUCUUCGGCAUGGACGAUCGUCUCGGUCCAGUGGCAAUCAGUUUCCGUCGAGAUGAGAAAGAAGGAUCCAGCGGAGCUCAGUACAAUUACAGAAUCAUCUUUCGCACCACAGAGAUGAAGACACUGCGAGGUUCCAUCUUGGAGGAGUCUGUGCCUUCUGCCGCUCGUCACACAACCCCUCGAGGCUUGUCUCCCAAGAGGUUGCUGGAGUUCAUCAUGCCUGAACUGAACCUGCACUGCCUUCGCUUGGCCUCAAACUCCCCCAAGGUCCGGGACACCCUGCUGAAGCUGGAUGAACAGGGCCUGAAUUUCCAGCGAAAGGUUGGGGUGAUGUACUGCCGGGCCGGGCAGAGCUCAGAGGAAGACAUGUACAACAAUGAGAGCUCUGGCCCGGCCUUUGAGGAGUUCCUGGAUCUGCUCGGGGGGCGCGUGCGGCUGAAGGGCUGGGAGAAAUACCGGGCUCAGCUGGACAACAAGACCGACUCAACUGGGACGCACUCCCUCUAUACGCGCUACCAGGACUAUGAGAUUAUGUUUCAUGUAUCCACUAUGCUGCCCUACACAGCCAACAACACACAACAGUUGUUGAGGAAGCGACACAUCGGUAACGACAUCGUGACGAUCGUGUUUCAGGAGCCAGGCGCCCUACCCUUCACUCCAAAGGCCAUCCGCUCCCAUUUCCAACAUGUCUUCAUCAUCGUUCAGGUUCAUGAGCAAUGCUCUGACCACACCUAUUACAGGGUGGCUGUGACACGCUCUAAAGACAUGCCAUUAUUUGGCCCGCUGUUCCCUAAGGGCGCCCGAUUCCCUCGCUCGUCUGCCUUUAGAGACUUCCUCCUGGCGAAGGUAGUGAAUGCUGAAAACGCUGCGGAGAAGUCCGAAAAGUUCCGCUCCAUGGCCACCCGCACACGGCAGGAAUACCUUAAGGACCUAGCCGAAAACUAUGUGACCACCACGCCCAUCGACUCCUCCACCAAGUUCCCCCUGCUCUCUCUGGGAGGCAAGCGCAAAGACAAGCUGAAGGGUGCCAAAGGGGCUGAGCUGCACAGUGCCGGGGCACUGGUGUGGGCUGUGAUGGUCAACAGCGGAGAUGAAGUGGAGGCGGGGGAGCACAGGCUCCCCUGUCUGCUCGGGGUGUCUGCUGAGUCGGUGGUGCUCAUUGAGAGGUGCACACGAAAAGUGGUGUUUAACUGCUCCUGUCGAGAUGUCAUUGGCUGGAAGGCAGUGACAGAGGCUAAGGAGGGGGGGCCCUGCUUGGAUAUCUUCUAUGAGCGCGGAGAGUCAGUGUCAAUCAGUGUGAUGGAGAGCCAGGCAGAGGAUAUACGAGAGGUGGUGCAGAGACUAGAGCUGGUGACGCGGGGCUGUGAGGCUCUCGAGGUUACCCCCCUGCGUGACGGAGUCGGGCAGCCCGGCUUUCUGAUGAACGAGGAGGGCUUUGUGACGGAGCUGCAGCGCUUCUGUUACGCUGAGAGCGGAGGUCUGCAGCUGUGGGCUCGCGUGGUGCGGCUGUGUGGACACUCGCUGGUUCACCUGAGCCCCGAGGAGAGGACCAGGCUGCUCCGCACUGCGCACAAGAUCCACAUCACUGUCAUCCCACCGGACGAGAACGGCAAGCCUCGCAGAAGUUUCUCCGAGCUGUACCAGAAAGCCAUCAAGGAUGCGGAGUGUAAACCCGGCGAGGCUCAGUCUGGAGUGGCCUGGGUACUCGACGAGAGGGAAGAAGAAGAGGAGGAUGAGGAGGAAAAGAAGGCGGAGGAGGAAAAGGAGGAGAAGGAGGAAGAAGCAAAGGAAGACGAGCUGAAGGCACCUGGGGUCAAUGAAGCGGACAUGACGGAGGUGCAGGUGGAGGCUGAAGAGGGCGAAGGACAGUUGUGUGAUGAAGGGCAAAGUGAUAGUAGCCGCGUCUCCCUCCUCACUCCGCCCAGCUUACCUUUGUUACGGGCCACUUCUCUGCAGGACCAACCAGCCAAUCAGAGCCAGGAGAACAGCGGCUCGCAGCUCACGCGGAGCUGCUCUUUGGAGAAACAGCUGUUCUACAGGGAGACGUGUGAUGGGCACGUGUACGACAACGUGGGGCUAAAGGGGGAACGCCACAUCUCUGAGAACAUCGGCGAGCUGAGAGACGCCACACCUGAUCUGAUCCUGGCUGUCAAACCCAAGGUUCCCCUAGAAGACGAACAGUUCAUGGGUGCUGAGUUUGGUGAUGACAAAGCUUCGGUGAGUGACUCGUCUUCCCGGUUGUCAUGUUUAGACCGAGCUGAAAGAAAUUCACGCGCCCUAAGUCUUCAUAACUCCAUCACCAAGAUUCUCUCAGAGACGACAGAUUCAACUGAGGAGGAGUGGCAGUCCAUUGCUGACCUGGCCACAGCCUGCCGCAGCAUCCUGGAGGCUUUGUCACGAGAGGACCGUAAAGCCGGAGACCCCUCGCAAGCAGGAGCUGACCAGACAGACGGCAAGCUGAAAGACUCAAAGGAAAAUGACUCUCCAGGCCACCUAGAAGAGAAGGUGUCGCAGCUGGAGUCCAUGCUGAAGAGGCUGCAGGAUGACCUGCAAAAGGAGAAGGAGGACAAGGCGGUGCUGCAGGCCGAGGUGCAGAGCCUCAGGCAGAACAACCAGCGGCUGCAGGAGGAGUCGCAGAGCACAGUGGCUCGCCUCAUCAAAGUCACCGAGCUGCUGUGCAACGUCAACAAGCCCUGUUAGCUUCACUGCUGCACGGGCAAAACACACAAAUUGGCAGAAAGAUGCUAAUCGUACAACGUGCUUGUAUGCUCAGUACGCUUAUUUUGUUUGUAGGCUACAUAUUUGCAAAGGCAGACACACACACACACACACACACACGCAUCCCCUUCAAUCUGUGUAUCACCACAGUCUCCAUCCUGAAUCCUGGACCUGCCUGUUGGUGAGGCAGUAUGCAAAUCAACCCAUGAAAAAGAAAGAAAUGACAUUUCCAAAACCCCAUGACCUUCACAGACUGACCAGUGUGCAGCUCUCAGGCUGCUGCGUUUGUGUUCUAUGCCAGAGUGCUUCUCUCGGUGUGUAUGACACAGUAUGUGCGGGGAUGUGUGCCACAUGUGUACGUGCGUGCGUCAGUAUGUGUGCGUCUCUUACUGUACUUUUGCUUCAAAUACUUGACAAGCUGGGCUGAAUAGCACAUGCAUAAAAAUUGGCAAUUAAUACUGAGA